AUGCUCAGAGCUCCUGAUGACGAUGACUCUGGACCCUUCCCAGGAGUCCAGGACUCUCAGGAGGUUUGCACCACCUCCUUCUCCACCUCUCCUCCGUCACAGUGCGUGUGCACCCUGAGUCCGUCUCCCUCCAAACUGUCUAAGCCCCUCCCCCUGGACAGUCUCCCGCUCCCAUUGGGCCCUGGACUUGUCACUCACAACAAUGUGAGUCCUGUGUGCUUCACUUCAGUAGUGAUUAGUCCGUGA